UGCAGUUAGUUUCGUACCGGUUGCCGUUUAGACGUUUCUCCGUGCUCGUGGGAUUAUUCAGCAUCUUAUUCCACAAAUUAGACAAACGAUCAAAUUUAGUCGUAACGACGUGUAUGGGGUCCUGUGUGUUUUUUGAUUCCGUUUAAACAGUGUACCUUUUAUACAUUCGGCCGCGAUCUUAACAAUUGUUAGUAGUGUGUGCCGACGCAGGAUUGGGUGUAGUGCUUGUCGGCAGCUUCUUAUUGCUAGGUCAGCCGUGUGCAAAUUUUGUUCCUCUACGUAUCAAUCUUACAUAGUAUCCCAACUCAUCUUUAUUUUCUUUACUGUGGUAUAUGUUUUGUCGGGGGUUCUCAUUGACGCUACGCUGUUACAGAAUUCGUUGUGCCUGGCAAUCCGAUAAGCUGUACACUGUAUUCUCCGUACCAUGGAGUCCGAUGAGUUCUUCAUUAACGUAAACGAUAACGCUACCCUUCUACGGUGCCAUAAAUGGGUGUAACUUCUAUCGCUACCUUCGUACGGUGCCUUGAAUGGGAGUCACUUCUACCGCUAUCUUCGUACGUUGCCUUAAAUGGAAGUCUUUAUGGAUCCUUUGUUGAAUGAAGCAUUGGCUAAUCCUGAGAUGGACAACUUUAUCAAUAAGGACCAACUGGAGAGGUUCCGUGGUACUGGUGGAGUGCGUAUUGAGGAUGAUGUUUUGUUUACUGAAGAUGGAUGUGUCAACUGGACUAAAAUUCCAAAAAGUGUCCAAGAAAUUGAAGAUUGGAUUGGCGGUGUUGAUGAUGAUUCCAAAUACGAUUGAAUGAAUUUACAACAUUUUGAAGCUGAUAUUGAUAUCAUUUUUAUGUUUUUUGUUAAAAGAUAUAAAAAGAGCAUUAUAUAAUUGCAUAUUAUUAUCCUGUUUUCAUGCAUGUUUUGUUAAAAAUGGUGUAUAUAUUGAGAAAUUGAGUUUGUGAUUCUUCAUGUUUCAAUAAAAUUGUUGUUUUAUAUUUUUAACUAUAAA